AAGCCAACGCCCAAUUUUUAUUCUAUUUAUGAGGCAAGGAGUAAUAUAAUCCAAAGGGAAUAGUUUCUUAUCUGCCAUCUCUCAUUUGCUCCACUCCCUGUAUCUCUUUCCCUCAGAAUUGUUGUUUGCAGUACCAUACAGAGAUUCGAAGGAGAAGAAGCGUGUAUAGCAUGAACUUGGCGAGUCUCGAUUUUUGAGUGGAGACAGAAUCUGAUGCCACACUAUGUGCUGCAAUAAGUUUAGAGAAUCCUAACGGGCACCCAAAGGGUCAAUAAACUCACAGGAGGCAAUCUAGAAAAAGUUUGGUGAUCCACCGGAAAGGUGAUUUUUUGGGUGAUUUUUAUAACAGGAGGAAUGCAAGAAUAAAUUGCACCAAGCAAUUUGAGAAAGUUAUUUUUGUGAAUCCGCAAUCAUCGUCCUAUAAAUUGAGAGAUUGCUGUCGGUCUUACUUUCAAGGAGUAAACAAGAGGCGUUCAAUUUACAAUAGCCGUUUUAUGAGUAAUCUAUCGCUAUACCUUAAUUAUGUUUGGGAAUUAAAGGGCCACAGUUUUUUCAAUGCAUGCAUCACGCCUCGGGAGAUUCACUGAUUUGUGCCCUCAAUUCCUUCAAAAUGACGACACUUACUCCCUGUCUCACUUUCAAAUUAUAGCCAACACAAAUGGAUCUAAUGACUCACUUCAAGAGGAAGCUCCUCAUAAGCCCUAUUGCACUUUGGAAUCAUCCUCGAUGAGUGGGAACGACGCUCUUUCCAACUCACCAUCAAAUGGAAGCCCCGUUACCAAGCCCGACCCACAAUUCACGCACACCAAUUAUGGUACUCCUUUUAUAGAAACCACAAGGCUCGGGCAAAUGAUGCCCCAUGGGGAUUUAAAACAUGUCCUCAUUGCCUGUGCAAAGGCAGUGUCGGAUAAUGAUUUGAUGACAUCACAUUGGUUGAUGUCCGAACUACGGAAAAUGGUUUCCGUUUCAGGUGAACCGAUCCAACGGCUUGGGGCAUACAUGUUGGAAGGUCUCGUUGCCCGGUCAUCUUCCUCGGGCAGUUCCUUCUACAAAUCCUUGAGAUCCAAACACUUGCCGCCAACAACAAGUUCUCAUCAGCUCCUCACUUUCAUGCAUACCCUUUACGAGGUUUGCCCUUACUUCAAAUUUGGUCAUAUGUCGGCCAACGGAGCCAUUGCCGAAGCCAUGAAGGGCGAACAAAGUGUCCAUAUAAUAGACUUCCAAAUCGGUCAAGGCAGCCAGUGGGUUACUCUUAUCCAAGCUUUCGCUUCCCGGCCAGGUGGGCCACCCCGCAUCCGAAUAACCGGCAUAGAUGACCGCGGACCAGUGAGUAUUGCGGGGAAAAAUCUUUCAGAACUUGCCGAGUCCUUCAAGGUGCCUUUUGAAUUCCAUUCUUCAGACAUUGACCUGAAAAACCUGGUAAUCCGGCCAGGAGAAGCACUGGCCGUGAAUUUUGCAUACAUGCUACACCACAUGCCUGAUGAAAGCGUGAGCACCCUAAACCAUAGGGACAGGUUGUUGAGGAUGGUCAAGAACCUUAACCCGAAGGUGGUUACUCUUGUAGAGCAAGAAUCUAAUACAAACACGGCUGCCUUUUUUCCUCGAUUUGUAGAAACAUUGGAUUACUACGCUGCAAUGUUUGAAUCGAUUGAUGAGGUUCUUCCGAGGAACCACAGCGAGCGGAUAAACGUGGAGCAGCACUGUUUGGCAAGAGAUGUUGUGAACGUAAUUGCGUGCGAAGGGACAGAAAGGGUGGAACGACAUGAACUUCUGGGGAAGUGGAAGUCUAGGUUCAGGAUGGCAGGUUUUACUCCGUACCCGUUGAGCUCUUUGGUGAAUCUGACAAUAAAAAGACUGUUGGAGAACCAUUCGGACAAGUAUAGGAUUGGAGAAAGAAAUGAUGCACUUUACCUUGGUUGGAUGGACAGGGAUUUGGUCGCCUCAUGUGCCUGGAAGUGAUGAAACCGAUCAUCGAAUUUUUAGUUUUCUUUAAUGUUUGAUGUUAAUAAUACUCAUAUUAUGACAUGAUUUCAUGUAGAGAACUUACAUUGUAAAUUCAUUUGGGCAUUUUCAUGUAUAAAUAAGUUUCAUACAUAUCAAUGGAGCAUUGUAUGGAGCCAAAAUGAGCACUACAAAAGAAACUAAGCAUGAAAGAAUGUACAUUUUUCAAAAGCAACUUGUGCA